AUGAGGACCCUUCCUGGCUGCCUUAAUUUCUACUUCAUUCCUUUCUUACUCAGCGGAGCACACGGAUUCCUAACGUGGAGAACACCUCCAGCCUUCCUGGUUUAUAACUACUCCUAUUCAAAUCUCUCCUCUGUCUCAGAAGCACAAGCUCCAAAAACAGCAAGAGCUCUCAAUUUCUCACACAAUGUCAUUGAAAAAAUUACCCAGGGAGACCUGGAAGGAUUUGACUGGCUGGAAGUUCUGGACUUUUCCUACAAUCGGAUCAGGGCUGUUGAGCCUGGAGCGUUCCAGAGUCUGCUCAGCCUGGUUUCUGUGGAUUUAUCAUUUAAUGAUGAGAAGCUGCUUCUGUCAGAUCUCCCACCCCACCUGAAGCUCUCACCUGCUGGCAAAACUCCGAGGUCUUUGCAGCUUUUCAAGAAUUCUGCCACAUCCUCGGGGGCUGCUCUGGAGCCUUCUGCUCCCACCGAGGAGCUGCCACGUCCUGGAGUUCCGUCCCUCCUGCAAAUCCUCAGCCCCAGGCUCAGGAGAAGCACAGGGAAUCUCCUCAGGAGGGGAGAUAGGAACACAACAGCCCCUCCCACAGCCACAGCUGAGCCCACCCUCUGUGGAAUUCCCAUCAAUGGGACACUCAACCUGUCCCACAGCAACCUCUCCCACGAGGAGCUGAUGUUAAAGCUGGAUGACAAACUCUGCCAAGCCCAGCUGGGCAGCAUUUUGGAGCUUGACAUCAGUCACAACAAUGUAGAAUGGGAUCUUCUGUCACUGUUCUCCCUGUUCUUCCCAAUGGAAAACACACUGUCCAUUGAUGCCAGCUCCAACAAGUUAACCAUUAACAUCCUGGAUGCCGAGUCCUUCUGUAAGUUCCCGUCCCACCGGCUCUUGUUCCUGAACAUCAGCCACAACCCCAUCAACAACCUGGAUACGCUGUGCCUCCCUUCCAGCAUCAAGGAGAUUGAUUUGUCCUUCACCAACAUCAGCCAAAUACCCCCGAAUUUUGCUCCCAAAUUGCUUAACUUGGAAAAAAUGUAUGUUCAUGGAAACCACUUCAUCUACACAGCAUUCUCAGAAAGCGGGAAUUCUCUUCCCAAGUGCGUCCCUCCCCCUGGAACUAUAACCAUCUCUGCCAUCUCCUUGGUCAGGAACCAGGCUGGGACACCCAUUGAAAGCCUUCCUGACAAGCUGAAACACCUGGGAAUGUCCAACUGCUCCAUCGUGGAACUGCCAGAGUGGUUUGCUGACACAGUGAAAGAACUGUUAUUUCUGGACCUCAGCAGCAACUACAUUUCUGUGCUCCCCAAUUUCCCGCCCAGCCUGCAGCACCUCGACAUCAGCAACAACGACAUCCAAGUCAUCGCCCCCAGCCUGAAAUCCCUCUCCAACCUGACAAUAUUUAGGAUUCAAAACAACAAAAUUGUGGAUAUAGACACGGAGUAUUUUCCAUCAGCCUUAAAAGAAUGUGAUUUUAGUAAAAACAAGGUGAAGGUGCUGUCCUUAACUUCUGCCCUGGAGAAGCUGGAACAUCUCAACGUUUCUGGGAACCUGAUCACACGUCUGGAGCCUGCUGGCCACCUUCCUGCACUGACCAGCCUGGACAGCAGCCACAACCUCAUCCCAGAGCUGCCUGAUGGCCUUGGGGAAUCCCUCCCAGGGCUCAAGUAUUUGAAUCUCUCAGGGAAUAAGAUCUCCUUCCUGCAGGCCGGCUCUCUCCCAGCUUCUCUGGUGGAGCUGGACAUCAGCGACAACGCCAUCACCACCAUCGUGGAGGCCACCUUCAGCCCGCUGACGAGCCUCAGGCUUCUCACUGUCCAAGGGGAGCAUUUCUUCUGUACCUGUGACCUGUACUGGUUUGUCAAUGUCUACAUGCACGAGCCCCAGCUGGAGAUCAGGGGCGGGGGGGCUGUGAGGUGCAGCUUCCCCCCGGAGCGCCGCGGCUCCCUGGUGGGCAGCAGCCGCCUGACGCUGCUGCGCUGCUCCCUGGGCGUGCAGCUGGCCGUGACUGCUGCGGCCGCUGGGCUGGCUGUGCUGGCCCUCACCGCGCUCUGCUGGAGACUGGAUGGGCCCUGGUACAUCAGGAUGGGCUGGUACUGGUGCAUGGCCAAGAGGAAGCAGUAUGAGAAGAGGCCAGAAAACAAACUCUUUGACGCCUUCAUCUCCUACAGCGAGUAUGACGCCGGCUGGACCAAGGAGAACCUGCUGGAAAAGCUGGAAAACGACGGGUUCAGGAUAUGCUACCAUGAGAGGGAUUUCAAACCGGGGCAUCCUGUGCUUGGGAACAUUUUUUACUGCAUAGAGAACAGCCAUAAAGUGCUUUUUGUUCUCUCUCCCAGCUUUGUGAACAGCUGCUGGUGCCAGUACGAGCUGUAUUUUGCCGAACACCGGGUCCUGAAUGAAAACCUGGACUCCCUCAUCAUGAUCGUGCUGGAAGAUCUCCCACCCCACAGCAUCCCACAGAAAUUCAGCAAACUCAGAAAACUGCUCAGAAGGAAAACCUACUUGAAGUGGAGCCCUGAGGAACACAGGCAGAAAAUGUUCUGGCAUCAGCUAAAAGCUGUCCUAAAAACAACCAACGAGCCGCUGGUGAGAGCCGAGAACGGAUCCGCUGUGGAAAUGCAGGAGCUGGAAUAAGACACAGGGAACCUUGAGGGCUGGAAAGCCUGUGCUCAGAUAAAAGUAUUCACCUCCUGCAAAGGCUGCUGUGGUGCCCAGGGGUUUGGAUCAGCCCCAGGAGAGGCUCCCAGGGGGACUGCAGCACUCCCGGUAUUCCCUCUAAUAAGAAUCCCAAAGAGAUGAGAGCCGAGCACUGAUAAAGAACCUUUUCCUCCUGGAUGCCUGAAUUUGUCCAGCUAUUCCCAGCAUUUCUGCAAGUGCUGUGGCUGUCCCCUGAAAGGAAGAACUGCUCAGGCCACAGUGCAUGUCCUUGCUGCUUUCCUGGCAGAUGGUGGCAGCGAGAAGUGGUGUCUUAGGACUGGACUGAAGUUCUGGGACAGCUCAAGGUGGGAACAAACCCUGUGUGCAGGUAAGAGAGCCACAAACCCCACUGGUGCACAGGGAGCAGCUCCUUUCUGUGCUCUGGUUUAAAGCUGAACUUAAUUUAGCCCUCUGAGAGAGGCUAAACCCACACUGCUACAGACUUUGGGUUCAGUGACUGCUGGGAGAGAUGAGACUUGAAAACCUUUUGUAAAUUCAGAAUAAAAUAUACAGCCAGACAAUACAGAAAGGAGAGCUGAGUGUGGUGGUCUCUGCUGUCAAAUAACUGGGGUGAGCUUUGUUUAAUCACAAAUCUCUGGAGAGUAAGCAAGUUCUGCACAUUAUUAUUUAGAUUUAGGGAAGUUCCACCUUCACCCUGACCCAUUUCCAAUAGAUUCAGUGCCACCUCUGCAUGGUCCUUGCCCUCAACUAGUGCCACUUGAUAAAUUUUAUUUAUUGUGCCUGGGAAAAAAACAAAAGAAAUUCAGCUGAUCCAACUUUGACAGGGAGAUCAACAGACUGUGACAGAAAAUAAACACCAGGUGAGGACAAAUGAUUUGGUUUAGCACGACUUGCUCCUAUGAGUAAACACAAACAACUUCCCAGCAGAAAAUCCCAAAUCCAGGAAUGCAGCAUGUCUGGAACACUGACUCUGAUCAGCUAUGAGCUUUCAUAUAUUAGGAUAAAACCCACAAUCCUGCAGACCAGCAGCUGAAAAAGCCAACUCUUUACACCACAGAGAUCUAGGGCUUAAAAAGACUGUGAAUUAUACAAACGUUACAAAUAUUUUUGUUCAUUUAAGCAACCAGAAGUCACUUGCUAAUGAGACUAAUGAGCCCCAAGUAAUUAAACAGUUGUUUUUCUAAUAACCUUUAUGCUUUCCUUUUGCUAAAGCACUCAGUGGUCACAUUUCUCACCUCCUCUCUUCCCCCACAUUUCCCACCUCCACUGCUGCUUCCCUCUCAAUUCCACUGCUGCUUGUUAACCUUGCAGUGACUCUUUACUGGAGCUUCACUGGUUCUUUACUGGUUCUGUGCUCAGAAGGCUUCUGACAGAAGAGGCUAAGGGAAAAAAAGGAGAAGUUAUACUCCAGAAGAGUCUAAACCAAUUAUUUUAUCAAAAUUUUGAUUCUUUCAGUCCACAAUUCACUGCAGUUGUACCUGCUUUCAAAAUCCAAUUUCCAUUUGCUACAUCCAUGAACCUCCCACAAAACAGCUAUUUGGUGCAGCUGGCUACUUAAACGAGGUUUUGUUCCUCCUGCUGAUUGAAAGGUGUUGCACCUUCUUACUGGCACUAUGACACUGUACAGAUGAACACCAGUAUUAAUGACACAGGUGGUGUUAAGGGCACCAGGAGUGAACAGAGAGCAAAUUACAAAGAGCUUGGGUGGGGCUUCAGUUCUUCUGUCACACAAAGGCAAUAAAACCUCCUGCUUGGCCCCUUCUUGCUUUACUCUCACAUGAAUACUCAAUGCAGAUGUUUUAUGAGGUGUGAGUGGUUUAAUUUUGAAACAUGGGAUGAAGUUCCUGUGAGCUAAAGGCACAGGAGAAGUUGCACAGCAACACAGCAAACCCCAAAAACUGCCUCGUGUGUAUUUUUCCCUCCAGUACAAUUUGUACUGAAGAGAAAUUCAAAUACAGAACAGUCAAACAAGAUCUUUUCAUUAUCUUUUAUACUUGGUUUAGAAAGAACCACAUUAUUCAUUCAGAGAAAAAAGAAAGAAUUUGGGCAGAGAGAAAAGACUUACGGAAAUAAUUUCCAUUUUACAUUUGUAUUAGAAAGUCGUUCACACUGAUUUUAUUGCAAGGAAGCUGGUUUGAAUUAUUCAGAAUUAAUUCAUACUCAGUGUUAAACAAAGAACAGUUUAGUUAACCAAAAGCCUGACCCAACAACUCACAGACAGCAAUGAUGUGGACAUUUUUUGUUUCUGAAGUAACAAAUCACGUUCCCAUCACUGACACUUUCCUGAAGAUGUGGCACUUUCCUUUAGCAAGGCAUCAAAAGCCUGUGGCACAAUAAUUUUGGAGACACUGAGGCUGAAGGCCACAGAAGCUGAAAGGUGAUUUGCCUGUUUGGAAGAGAUCUUAGAGCAAGAAGUGUCAGGAAUUUAAAUUAAAGCCCCUGAAUUGCUCUGUCUCCCAGGGAAUUCCCACAAUAGGAUACAACACAAAUGGGUGAAUUUAUUUUAAAAAUACUUAAACCUCUGUGACUUGCUCACUGUGUAGACCAACAGACAAAAUUUCCAAGCAGACAGAUGAAAUCAAACUGAUGUUAGACUUAACAAAACCACAAAAACUUGUCGUUCUGGUUUCAGAAAUGUUAAUAGCUGUCAGUUCUGCCUUUGUAUAAAUCCCAGUUUAUACAAAGUCAUGGGCAAAAGAGCAAG